UGGUGCGCUGCUAUAUGGCAAGAGUAGCCUACAGUUCCAAGGAUUUUCGGUGACGCGCAUGACCACUUCAAAUAAGACCUUCGUUUAGUCUGAAUAGCGCCGCACAGUGUAAUAGACACAGUCAUUGAGAAUAACCUAAUCUCCCCUGCCAGCCAGCAUACCCCAGACUCUUGUCCGGCUGUAGAUCAACGCGAACAUGGCUCAAGCACUGGAAAUUGCCAGAUGGGACCUGGAAUGUGAGUUCAACAACACAGACCACCGUACGGAGCUCAACGGGGUGGAGCAGCUGAUCGUUAGAAGGGGCCAGCCGUUCACCAUCAACCUGCACCUCCGCUCGGGGGGAUACCAGCCGGGCGGCAGUGCACUCGACCUCACCGUGGAGACAGGUCCCCAGCCCAGUGAUCAGUAUGGCACACGGGCCUCCUUUGGUCUGAUUGACCAAAUCGACACCUCCCGCUGGAGUGCCGCAGUCACCAGUCCCCCCGGGUACAUGGUGUCCCUGUCCAUCUGUUCCCCCCCGGACGCGCCUAUCGGACGCUGGCGCUUGACCCUGGGUCAGGGGGGCUUGGUGGAGUUUGUGCUGCUAUAUAACCCUUGGUGCACAGGCGAUGUGGUGUACAUGGACAGUGAGGAGAAACUGACGGAGUACGUCUUGGCUCAAGAUGGUAUCAUUUACCGAGGCAGCUGGAAAUACCUCAUCCCUACACCUUGGAACUUUGGCCAGUUUGAGGAUGGGAUCCUGGAAGCUUGUCUGAGAAUCCUGGAAAUGAACCCCAAGUGCCUGCGUAACCCUGGGAAAGACGCUUCAGGGAGGAAGAACCCAAUCUAUGUGUCCAGAGUUCUCAGUGCCAUGGUGAACUGUAAUGACGACAAAGGGGUAUUGCUAGGCAGGUGGACCGACGACUAUGACGGUGGGGUGAGCCCCCUGUCAUGGAAGGGCAGUGUGGAGAUCCUGCGGAACUGGGACACAAAUGCCUGUCAACCUGUGCGCUUUGGCCAAUGCUGGGUGUUUGCAGCAGUGGCCUGCUCAGUUUCACGAGCCCUGGGCAUCCCUUGUCGAGUGGUCACCAACUAUAAUUCAGCCCAUGACACCAACAGUAACCUGGUGAUAGAGCGCUAUGUGGAUGAGAACGGACAACUUGUUCAGAAGUCGAGAGACAUGAUAUGGAACUACCACUGCUGGGUCGAGAACUGGAUGACCAGACCUGACCUUAAACCAGGUUAUGAUGGCUGGCAGGCCAUGGACCCCACACCUCAGGAGAAGAGUGAAGGAGUUUACUGCUGCGGCCCUAUCCCACUGAAAGCCAUCAAGGAGGGCGAGCUCACCUGUAAAUAUGAUGCCCCAUUUGUGUUUGCGGAGGUCAACGCUGACGUGCACACCUUUAUGAAGCGCAAAGACGGCAGCACAGAGAAGAUCAUUAGCUCUGUCCAAGUGGGCCUGAAGAUCAGCACGAAGAGUGUGGGCAGUGAUAGGAGAGAGGACAUCACACACCUGUACAAGUACCCCGAGGGUUCUGACGAGGAAAGGGAGGCCUUUACAAAAGCUAACCACCAGAACAAACUUCUGCAGCAGCCAACAAAUGCUGGCCUGCUUAUCGCUAUCAAGGUCUCUGCGGAGAUGAAGAAGGGCUGCGACUUUGACGUGUUCGCCGUGGUUAUGAAUAACACACCGAAUGGGAAAAAGUGCCGUCUGGUGUUCGGCUCCAGAGCUGUGUCGUACAACGGAAUUCUGGGAGAGAACUGUGGGUUCAAAGACCUGCUCAACGUAGAGUUGGCACCUGGAGAAGAGAAGCGAGUUCCUCUGAGAAUGAACUAUUCCAAGUAUGCCGAGAACCUCACUGAGGACAAUUUGAUCCGGCUGGCGGCUCUGCUCCUAGACUACGGCACCCGAGAGGCCUACCUUGCUGUGAGGAACGUUGUACUGGAAAAUCCUGAGAUCAAAGUCAGGAUUCUUGGGGAACCCAAAGAGAACCGUAAGAUGGUGGCUGAGAUAACUCUACAGAACCCUCUGCCAGUACCACUGCAGAACUGCUGUUUCACCGUGGAGGGUUCCAACCUCACCGGAGGACAGAUCAUCACUGAGAAGCUUAACUCCACGGUGGAACCCGGGCAAGAUGCCAAGGUCAAAAUCUACUUCACGCCCACCCACUCAGGCCAACGGAAACUGGUGGUCGACUUUGACAGCAAUAAGCUGUGUCACGUCAAGGGCUACAGGAAUGUCAUCAUCGGCAAGUAGAGGACCCACCCUGGGCCUGCACUCCAUAAAACCCAGUGAAGACAAAGACAUACAGUUGUUUCACAAUCUAUGCAUAUUUCUAUACUCCAAGAUCUCUUUUAUCACCUAUAGAUAAACAAAUUCUCUGUUUGCUAGGAUUAUACCGUGCCUUCGGAAAGUACUCAGACCCCUUGACAUUUUCCAAAUGGUUGCGUUACAGCCUUUUUCUCAUCAAUCUACACACAAUACCCCAUAAGAACAAAGCGAAAACAGGUUUUAAGAUAUUUUUGUAAAUGUAUGAAAAAAAUAUAUAUAUAUAUAUUUACAUAAGUAUACCCUUUGCUAUGAGACUCUAAAUUGAGCUCAGGUGCAUCCGGUUUCAUUGACCAUCCUUGAGAUGUUUCUACACCUUGAUUGAAGUCUACCUGUGGUAAAUUCAAUUCAUUGGAGAUGAUUUGGAAAGGCCCACAUCUGUCUAUAUAACAGUGCAUAUACCAAGCCAUGAGGUCGAAGGAAAUGUCCGUAGAGCUCCGAAGCAGGAUUGUGUCAAGGCACAGAUCUGGGGAAGGGUACCAAAACCUUCUGGAGUAUUGAACGUACCCAAGAACACAGUGGCCUCCAUUAUUCUUAAAUGGAAGAAGUUUGGAACCACCAAUACUUUCUAGAGCUGGCCAACCGGCCAAACUGCGCAAUCAGUGAAGAAGGGCCUUGGUCAGGGAGGUGACCUAGAACCCGAUGGUCACUCUGACAGAGCUCUAGAGUUCCUCUGCGGAGAUGAGAGAACUUUCCAGAAAGACAACCAUCUCUGCAGCACUCAACCAAUCAGGCCUUUAUGGUAGAGUUGCCAGAAGGAAGCAACUGCUCAGUCAAAGGCACCCAAAGUUUGCCAAAAGGCACCUAUAGACUUUCAGACCAUGAGAAACAAGAUUCUCUGGUCUGACGAAACCAUUUAUUUCAAUGGUGGAAAAAGUAUCAAAAGUAAAAGUACAAAUCAUUUCAAAUUCCUUAUAUAAAGCAAACCAGAUUGCACCAUUUUCUUGUCUUUAUUUACUUAACGGUAAGCAUAGACAUCAUUUGCAAUCAAAGCAUUUGUGUUUAGUGAGCCGCCAGAUCAGAGUCAGUAGGGAUGACAAAGGACUUUCUCUCUUGACAAUUGUGUGAAUUCUAACUAUUUGGCCUGAAUGCCAAGCGUGGAAAAAACAAUUGCAUACUUUUUUAGAAUUAGGCUGUAACGUAACAAAAUGUGGAAAAAGUCAAGGGGUCUGAAUACUUUCAAGUAAAAGUCUGAGUAUGUGUAAAUAUACUUGGCAAAUAAAGGAGUUUCUGAUUAUACAUUUUUGCAUGCAAAGCUGUGAAAUAUAGGACUUUUGUAUUUUUGCAUAUAAACCUUUCAUCUGUGAUUGUACAAUGAAGAGCAACAUUACCACAUGUGGCUUGCUAUCAGUAAUCCUUUGGCAAAUACUGAGCAUUUUGUUAGGGAGGUCAAAAGGUUCACUUCCAUCUUCUUGACAAAAAUGAAAUAGUUAGACAUUGGCAGAACCUAGAGAUUAUUGGAAGAAGCCAGAGAUACAAAUCAUUCCACAAAACUGAUUCAAGACAUGAGAACGCACAUUGGCUCCAUGUAAAAACUCCCUGUACCUGGAAACUAGUCCAGUCCAUAGUAGAAUUCAUCUUGAUGAACACUUAGCACACCAUGGAAUUAUUUAUAUAACUAGUCCCUUCACAUUGAACAAUCCACAGGUAUACUACCGUUGAAAAGUUUGGGGUCACUUAGAAAUGUCCUUGUUUUCCAUGAAAAUAUACAUUAAAUUAGUGUCAAUAUGAAUAGGAAAUAUAGUGAAGACGUUGAGAAGGUUAUAAAUAAUGAUUUUUAAUUGAAAUAAUAAUUGUGUCCUUCAAACUUUUGUCAAAGAAUCCUCCAUUUGCAGCAUUUACAGCCUUGCAGACCUUUGGCAUUCUAGUUGUCAAUUUGUUGAGGUAAUCUGAAUAGAUUUCACCCCUUGCUUCUUGAAGCACAUCCCACAAGUUAGAUUGGCUUGAUGGCGUACCAUACGGUCAAGCUGCUCCCACAACAACUCAAUAGGGUUGAGAUCCGGUGACUGUGCUGGCUACUCCAUUAUAGACAGAAUACCAGCUGACUGCUUCUUCCUUAAAUAGUUCUUGCAUAGUUUGGAGCUGUGCUUUGGGUCAUUGUCCUGUUGGAGGAAAUUGGCUCCAAUUAAGCGCUGUCCACAGGGUAGGGCAUGGCAUUGCAAAAUGGAGUGAUAGCCUUCCUUCUUCAAGAUCCUUUUUAUUCUGUACAAAUCUCCCACCUUACCACCACCAAAGCACCCCAGACCAUCACAUUGCCUCCACCAUGCUUGACAGAUGGCUUCAAGCACUCCUCUAGCAUUUUUUCAUUUCUUCUGCAUCUCACGAAUGUUCUUUGUGAUCCGAACACCUCAAACAUAGAUUAGUCUGUCCAUAACACUUUAUCCUAACCUUCCUCUGUCCAAUGUCUGUGUUAUUUUGCCCAUCUUAAUAUUUUAUUUUAUUGAUCAGUCUAAGAUAUGGAUUUUUCUUUGCAACUCUGCCUAGAAGGCCAGCAUUCUGGAGUCGCCUCUUCACUGUUGACAUUGAGACUGGCGUUUUGCGGGUACUAUUUAAUGAAGCUGGCAGUUAAGGACUUGUGAGGUGUCUGUUUCUCAAAUUAGACACUCUAAUGUACUUGUCCUCUUGCUCAGUUGUGCACCGGGGCCUCCCACUCCUCUUUCUAUUCUGGUUAGAGCCCGUUUGCUCUGUUCUGUGAAGGGAGUAGUACACAGCGUUGUACGAGAUCUUCAGUUUCUUGGCAAUUUCUCUCAUGGAAUAGCCUUAAUUUCUCAGAACAAUACUAGACUGACACGUUUCAGAAGAAAGUUGUUUGUUUCUGGCCACUUUGAGCCUGCAAUUGAACCCACAAAUGCUGAUGCUCCAGAUACUCAACUAGAAGGACUGUUUUCAGCUGUGCAAACAUAAUUGCAAAAAAGUUUUCUAACGAUCAAUUAGCAUUUUAAAAUGAUAAACUUGGAUAAGCUAACACAACGUGCCAUUGGAACACAGGAGUGCUGGUUGCUGAUAAUGGACUUCUUUACGCCUACUUUAUGUAGAUAUUCCAUAAAAAAUAUGUUGUUUCCAGCUAUAAUAGUCAUUUACAACAUUAACAAUGUCUACAUUAUUUCUGAUCAAUUUGAUGUUAUUUUAAUGGGCAAAAACAAGAACAUUUCUAAGUGACCACAAACUUUUGAACGGUAGUGUACAUCUUAUUGUUUUCCACUGAAUGGUGAUGCCAUGAAGAAUUGGGGUGCCAUUCCGCCAUACUGCCAAUGUGCAUUCUGAUUAAAAAACAGGCACCCGGCCUUGGUUCAUUGAGAAAAGGUAGUAAUCCAUAAUUUGACAUACCAUGCAAAAUGCUAACGUAAAUCAGAUCCAGGGGGAAAAUGCAAACAAAUGCAAUAAUUCAUUUUGAGCAGGAAAUCUGGAUGUAAUGGUCUGGUUCUGGUUAGGUUCUGAUAGUUGGUUCUUACAAAUGGACCUUGUGAUAGAAAUAUGAUGUAUUCACCUUAUUUGGUGGAUAUUUCAUUUUUAUUUACUUAACAAACAGUAAGGUAUUUCUGUCCUCCUAAUGCUGAGUUGUAUGGUGUCAACUCCAGCUUCCUGCAGCUAGUCUGGGUGUCAAGUACAUGGGUUUUCACUAGAAAUGGCUUGAAGCUGACAACUGAUUGAUGUCUCGGUGAUAAGAAACCAAAUAUCCACAUUCCAUUCUAUGAUUAGUGGUGCAUGUGAGACAUAUGUCUCUGGUCUGAUUGAGCCUGCAUUCCAUAGACAAGAUAUGGUGUAUGUUUAGCUGGGAUAGAGAGGAGUAGAACAAAAGGCAUCAGUGGUCCUUAGACAUCCUGGCCUGGGAAAUGAGGCCAGGGUCGGGGGGUUAAGAUAACGCCAGGGGCAGAUCAAGACAGGAUGAGCCCAAAGUGGCUCAUGGUGCACCCCCAAUCUAUCUGGGAAUGGUGGAGCCAGCCAUGGUUGAAGCAUUUUUAAGUUGGGUAUAUAAAGACACAGUAUUCUCUGUAUGAUUCAAGCACUCGGUCCGACAGUCAAGACUCUUGGGCUGACGGUUUCAUUAUUGCAAUAAUUAAUCAAUAUUAAAUAAAGAUGAUUAUUUGAAGAAAUUA